AUGGCGGCGUAUGCAUCCUCGUCCGCUGUAUCCUCUCACACCACCUCCACCUCGGCCAGCGCUCGAAGCAGUUGGACUGAUCCGCGAGACUCGACACCGGGCCCUGGCUCGGGCGCUGCAAAAGUCUACCCACACAUUAAAGACAUCAUUCAAGAUGCCACCACUUCCUUCCAGUUAGGCGGUUCGCUCCCUCAAUAUCUGCACGACGUCGACAAUUCCACCACUGUGGCAAAAAGCUCGCUGGAUUUUGGCCGCUACGACUUGGCUUACAAGAGUUAUAUGCAGGCCUAUGAAAUCGCAGUCAAUCACAUUCCAAGACAUAAGGACUUCGGAUUUUGGGAUAACAACCCGCCGUGGCGAGCGAAGUACAAGAUCGCUCUUCAGAAACUGGUGGACAUGGAGGCAGAGAUGACCGGGAUCAAAGCUCUGAUCGAGGACAACAAUGCUCGGUACGGAACUCAACCUCGAUCCGGCGCAACAGCGAGACAAGCAGUCUACUCUACCGGCUUUGGCAUCCCUCAAAACUUGGUUCCUGGCCGACCUACCUCUUCAGGCAGCAGCGAUGCUCCUCCACGCCCGACUUCGCCAAACUCAUCUGCAGACCUACCUGACUCCCUUCGAAUCCCUCGGGCCCGUCCAUCAAGCAAACCCAAACCCGAGAAUUUGCAGGGUCGACCUUUGACAGAGGCGGCUAACGACCUGACCCAAAGAUUUGCAAAGCUGAGGGGACCGGGAAAUGCGACAGACCACUCGAACUUUUUAUUUAUGCCGAAAGCGGCAGACUUCCAACAAGGAGCAGGAUAUAACUCACAGUCAUAUUCCAAUGAUGUGUCGACUUCGCGACCCGGCGCGCCUCGGGGGAUGCUGGCUUUCAGUAACGGACCUAACCUCCCACCAAAGGUGCCGGCUGCACCGCCCAAAGUCCCUAUUGAGACUUCCAUGGCCUUGCCAAAACCUCCCAGUCCUACAUACAGCCCGAUCAAUACCACAUCCGCCAGCUUUCAUGCUAAUAACCAUCGAAUGUCUGCAGAAGUAGGCCGGCCGCCCUCGGAGAGGAGACAGACUUACUACAAUCAGUCGCAAAAUUCAUCUACGGCUUCGUUGCACCUGCAAAGGACUCGAGAGGAACUAUCUGCUCCUUACCGACCAACCACUCCGAACGGAGUCAAUUCCGCCAUCCUUCCCAAGAAUAGCUCCAGUGAUCUCCCUCAUCGAACGUCGAUCGAUGCUGCCACCCUUCAGGAUUAUAUGAAGAGGUAUAACGUUCUCCUGAUUGAUAUCAGAGAGAGGGUUUUGUUCGAUGAUGGGCACAUCAUGUCUACUUCGAUUAUAUGUAUAGAACCGAUCUCUUUGAAGGAAGGUGUCUCGGCGGAGGAACUGGAGGACCGGCUCGUACUGGCACCGGAUAAUGAACAGUCACACUUUUCUCGCAGAGACGAAUUUGACCUGGUUGUUUAUUAUGACCAGUACACGAGCGACGUUUCCUACCUCAAUGGUCCUCCCACGAUGACAAAAGCUCCUGCAUUAAGAGCGCUGUACGAUACAUUGUACGAAUUCAAUGACACGAAGCCCCUCAAGGAUGGCCGGCCACCUGCGCUUUUGGCUGGCGGACUCGAUGCUUGGGUGGACUAUAUGGGAGUCCAAUCCCUUGCGCGGUCACGAACGGCUGCGACGCUGGGCAUCACGCGACAAAGGCCUGUCGGUCCCGGUCGGCCUAUCGCACGACAGCGCAUGGUCUCUGCCAAUUCUCGCUAUGAGGUCCGGAACAGACGCCUUCGUGACCACAAAUUCCUGGAUGAGAGCGAGCAAGAAGCAUGGCGUCAGCAGGCUUUGCAAGAAGAAGUGACCCCAGCUGAGAAAUACGACAACGCAAGCGAUGAGGAAUAUUCGGUGGUAGAGGAAGAGCCUGAACCUCCGUCGCCAUUCAUCCCCGAUUAUGAGACGUUCCUGCGCCGGUUUCCAUCGAUACAACAGCAAGAGUCUAUGGUCAUGCCUGCUCGCCGACCUGUGCCGUCUCAUCACGCCGCAUUUGUUCCUCAAAUUGCACCACCUCCCGUUCCCCAAGUACCGGCAAGACCUGCUCCCGCUAUACCGAGACCGAGCUAUUCGGGCCACGCGGACAUUAAUGCACCCCAACCAGCCCUGGCGAGAGUGACAUCCUCCACUCGGCCUCCUCUGUAUUCAACUGUGACAUCCCUUCGCAGGAGGCUGCCUAAGACUGGCUUGACGAAUUUCGGCGUUACUUGUUACAUGAACUCGACUCUGCAAUGUCUGUCUGCGACUAUUCCCUUGUCGAACUUCUUCAAUGACCGGCUCUACGAGGGGUAUGUACAGCGCAACUGGAAGGGCAGUAAUGGGAUCAUGCCCAAGCUCUAUGCCAACCUGAUCCAAGCCGUCUGGCAGGGGGACAAUGAAGUGAUUAAGCCAUCAACAUUCCGAAACUUCUGUGGCCGGAUGAACCGAGAGUGGGUCAUCGACCGACAGCAAGACGCAAAAGAGUUCUUUGACUUCCUGGUCGAUUGCCUCCACGAGGACUUGAAUGUCAAUUGGGAACGGACGCCGCUCCGGCCUCUAACCACUGCAGAGGAGAUGCAAAGAGAGAGAAUGGAGAUUGCACGGGCCAGCCCGAUCGAGUGGAAGCGCUACGAACACAGGGAUCAUAGUUACAUGUCUUCCUUAUUUGCGGGCCAGCAUGCCUCCCGUCUGCGUUGUCUCACCUGCAAACGCACAUCAACGACGUACGAGGCAUUCUACAGCAUCAGCGUGGAAAUCCCUCGGGAUCGUCCAGGCCAUAUCUACGACUGUCUUUCCUCAUAUUGCCGGGAAGAAAAGCUGUCGGAGCUUUGGCGAUGUCCCUAUUGCAAGUGUGAGCGUGAAGCCACCAAGCAAAUCAUCCUUACUCGUCUGCCGCAGUUUCUGGUGAUUCAUUUCAAACGGUUCGCUGCGUCAAAGCAUGAAAAAGCCAAGAAAAUCCAUACACCUAUCGAAUUCCCAUUGCACAAUCUAGGUAUGGAUGAUUUUGUGAUCCCGCGGCCCCCUGUUCUUCCAGACCAAGAUGGCGGGAUGAACAUGGAGCUUGCCACGACACCACCCUUCACGUAUGAUGCCUACGGAGUUCUGAGACACCUCGGGAACAGUGGAGACGGCGGACAUUAUAUCUCUAUUGUGAAAGAUCAGGGGCGCGGCGUGUGGAGGAAAUUUGAUGAUGAGAGACAUGUUGAUUUGGACCCGACGAAACUAAGCCCCAGGGACAGGUUGCAGAACGGGGAGGCGUAUAUCGUGUUUUACCAGAGGGCGCAGGGCCGAUGA